AUGAUCAGGCUAAUCAGAGGAAGCUGUCGGUUCCUGCCGACUAGGUAUUACACAAAGAUAGAAGCUUUUAACUUUGUCAAGUUUUUGGUUGGAGAUCGGAGACUGAUCGAGAUCGCUCAUCCCGACUCGGGGGAGGCGGCGCAUCGUUUGGCAACUGCAGAUCAACCAGGAAUAUUGGGGCAGCUGAUCGCCACCCACUUCGUCUUAUCAAACUCUGCUCUGAGGCUGAAGCAUCCAGUGCGGGCUUAUUCAGGGUUACGAGAUCGGGAAGGCUGUAAUGACAUUGAUCCCAGCGUCAACGUCCAACAGCUAUCUUGCAAGCCACAUGUGCAGCCGUUCGUCGGCCGCAUUGGCGGCAAUCAAGGCAUUGUCCUCGAUCGCGCCGAUCCAGAUAAUGCUGAAUAUUUGCGUAAAGUGCCAGAUGCUGCUCCAUUGAUGAGUGCGCGAGAUGCCUUUAAUGUGCGCGGGUUCACCGAUCUUGAUCUGUGGCGUUUCGCGGUGGUGGAAUGCGUUGCAUUCAUUACUGCCUGGGCGGCAGCUACUCCCGCGAAUGUGGCUCCCCCGACCCCCUCCACACCAGCAGGGAUUUUCGCUACAACAGCCUUCCUGGGUCCUCUUGUCGGCGCCGUUACCAAUUGGUUGCUCCUUACCCUCUUCAUAUUUUCCUUCUCGUCCGUCAGUGGUAGUCAUCUCAACCCUACCAUAACGCUAGCAACCUUUUUUGCGCGCCUAAUUUCCUUGCCACGUAUGGUUCUCUACCUCUGCGGGCAAAUCCUCGGAGGUGCCCUGGCUGGAUGGAUAUUACAGUCGGCGUUUGGAUCCGGACAAUACUCUGUCGGUGGAUGCGUUGUUGAUACUGCCCUAGUUCCAGUCCGAGAAGCAUUCGUGCUGGAGUUCAUCUGCAGCUUGACAUUGAUCUUCUUGUCGUUUGGUGUUGGGUUGGACCCUAGACAGGUUAGAGUGUAUGGGGCUGCGUUGUCCCCAUGGUUAGUAGGAAUGGUUUUGGGGGCCCGCUACACAUCUGCAAAAAAUCCUUCCGAUAGUGCUAGCACUUGGAUUAAGUGCUUCCGCGCACCCUUUGAUGGGCGGCAAGUAGCCAACACGGCGUAUAUCAUGGAUCGUCAGUCAUCCAGCAUUGACAUACCUGAAUCUUCUGCUCGUCAAGUUGAUGGUUGUCGCUCGAUGAAUAUGGUCUCCUCCACCCACAUUAGUACUCUGAACGGUAGUGGUCGCACUUGCGACUCAAUGGCUGCUUCUAGAUGGACAUACCACAGUAACAAUGUGUGCGCGAUCCGCGAAUGGAGGAUUCGACUACUAAUCAUGACGAGGAAACAAUGUGCAUGCGGCGGGCACAGGUCGUGUAGGACAGGUCGCCGAGACCGCGCUGGUAUAAAGAAAUCUGAUGAAAAGAUUGAGAAUAAUAAUUAUUGCAAGAAGUAA